UUCAAUCUUUCUCUUCCAUCGUGUCGUGGUCGUCGUCGUUGUCGUGCUUUUUUUAAUUCGCUACGUUUCAAUUCCUGAAAGUGAUCAAAAAAGUGCUAAAUUCCAGGUAGUAUUCAAGUUCCGUUCGAGUAAAACUACUGGGUGAGAGAUUAAGUGCCCGAUAUCGUAUCGUAAUCCCCCCGUGCGAGUGUGCAGUGCGUGAAAUCAGAGUCGCAUUCGAUCGGAUCCGUUUCCGAGAAAAGGCAAACAAACCAGGAAGAAGAAACACUUGAACCACCGAGCCAUGGCCAGCUAUCAUCAAAGCCAUCACCGUGAGUACCGUGGGGGAGGAGGUGGCGGAAGACAUCACAACAGUCGGCAUCGGUACCAUCAGCAUAACAACAGCAACAGCAGCAGCGCUGGAAGUGCCCUCAACAGUAGCACGACCAGCAGCAGCAGCGGUGGCGGAAGCAGCAUCAAACAUUCGUCGCCGUCGGAAUCCUCGGAACCGAGCACCGAUUCGGUUUGCGUGGUUUGCUUCAAGCCGAUUCAGUUCUACGCCAUCGGCGAGUGCGACCAUCUGUGCUGUUUCGAGUGUUCGACCCGGAUUCGGGUGCUGUGCAGGCAGAACGAUUGCCCGAUCUGUCGGCGGGAUUUGGCCAAAGUUAUAUUUUCGAAAACGCUCGCAUCGUACAAGGAGCUAGACGUGAAAAAUCGGUCCGGGCUGUACGAUAAAAAGUACCGGAUCUGUUUCACCGACGGAGACGUGCAGCAGGCGUUCUUCGAGCUGCUAGAUAACAAAUGUCCAAGGUGCGACGAGAAGAAUUUCCCCAAGUUCGACAUCCUGCGGGAGCAUGUCCGCAAGCGGCACGAACUGUUCUACUGCGACAUCUGUACGGAGCAUCUGAAAAUUUUCUCGUCUGAACGCCGGUGCUACACACGACAGGACCUGGCCCUUCACCGGCGGGUCGGCGAUCCCGACAACGUGGGCCACCGCGGCCAUCCCCUGUGCGAGUAUUGCGACAAGCGGUUUCUGGACAAGGACGAACUGUUUCGACAUCUGCGGAAGGAGCACUUCUUCUGCCACUUUUGCGAUGCCGAUGGGACCAACUAUUUCUAUGGUGACUAUGAGUCGUUGCGGGAUCAUUUCCGACAGGAGCACUACCUGUGCGAAGAAGGCGAAUGUGAACAGGAACAGUUCACGGCAGUGUUCCGAUCGGAGAUCGACUUGCGGGCGCAUCGAGCUUCAGCUCACGGCAAAACUAUGAAUAAGUUAGCCAACAAGCAGACGAGGACGUUAGAGUUAGAGUUCAGUUAUGCACCACGGGGCCGGGAAGGUGGCGGUGGUCAUCCGGGGAUCGGCCCCGCGGGAAGUGGACCCGGCGGUGGUAGGAACCGAGGAGGCGGUAAUGGGGAUCGUGGAGGAGGUGGCGGUGGAAGUCGCGGAGGAUAUGAUACUCAAAGAGAUUUUGAUGCGCUGAUAAUCGAUUCAAUGGUCAGUCAGCAUCCUCCGAAACGGAUAGACGCCAAUAGUGAGCAGGACUUCCCGUCUUUAAGUGGAACCAGUGGCAAUCCCGUGUUCCGGCCAAAUAACGUUUCGAUACGUCAGCGGGUAUUCGGUGCCGCUGGUUUGGCUAGGACGAAAGAAAACUUCCCCGCCCUCGGAUCAGAGGGCGGGGACGGACCAGGAUCAGCCAGCAUCAAUGAAGGCUUCAGUAGUAAAAUUACCGCGAGUUCCCUGUUGAAACCUAGUCAACCGAUGGCGACUGGCAGCAGUAGCAGUGCAGGUUCUUCCGGUAUGGGAAGAAGCCAAGGAGGUCAGGGAUCAUCGAAACCAGGCACCAGUAUGAUGAUUCAUGUGUCGAAUCGGCCACCAAGUGCGUCCACUGGCGGUGGUACAAAGAAGGCAAACAACGUUGCCGAUUUCCCGGCGUUGCCAGGGACUACCAAACCAGGCAGCAAGAAGUCGGAUCUAUUCGCCGACAUGGAAGACAUCGACGCUACUAGCAACGGAAUGGUCAAUCUCAAUGCCAUCUCCGCGAAGCACCGGUCUAUGUUGGACGGAUACGUGUCGAUGUCCAGUGCGGUAUCCAAGGUGGCUACCGUAGCGCCUCCGAAGGAAACCAAAAAGGCCGCGCAAAACGUGGUGCCCAGUGUUAAUUCAACCAAGGCGUUCCCCACGUUGGGUGAUGCUGGUGGCAAAGCGGCUAAGUCGGCCCAGUGGGUUGUCGCCAACAAGGUGAACUCUUCGUCGUUCUCCGGCGGUGGAAACGGAAGUUCUGCCAACGUAUCCUCUAAGAAGAAACCAGUUCCGGCACCAAAUUUGAAGGAUGAAAGCAACUUUGUAAACUUGAAUGCACUUACAGGGAAAAAGUCUAGUGGAAAUGGCGGCGGAGUCAGCGAAUCUUCUGGAGCUGUGGUUAAGAGCAGUGACAAGAAGAACAACAACGACCAAGGACCAGUGAAACAGAGCAAAGCAAAGGAUAAGAACAAACCCAACAAGGAAAACGAAUCGGUUCCUUCGGGUGAAAACUUUCCGGCUCUUGGCGGCCAAUCGGCGGACUUUGCUUUGGCCAAUCUAGGCGGAGGUGGUAGCGGUCCAAAACGUGGUCCCCCAGGCUUCGAGAAUGUGAGUGUAAAUAAUAGUAAUAGCCAUAAUAACAACAACGGUAUCAGAAAAGUUCCUGCUCCGCCGCCCGGUUUCAGUAAUGUGACUUUGAACUCAGUUGCUAGAAAUAUAAACAACCUGACCUUCACCAGCUCAAGUGGUGAAAGCUACAACAUUCUGCCUGGAACGCAUAGUUAUGUGGCCCCGUCCAACGCGAGCAAACGGAAUCAGAGUCUAGUGACCCACUUCCAACGAGCGCUGAAAAAGCCGGAAGCGCUCAAUGAGUUUCGAACCAUUUCACAGAUGUUCCGGGACGGUAUGUACAACCCGGCUCCGUACUACGAACAUUGCAAAGUUGCUUUAGGGGAAAAGUUUUCCGAAAUCUUUCCGGAACUGGUGGCCCUUCUGCCCAACAUUACCAAACAGCAGGAACUGUACCUGGUCUACUGUCAGGAUGCUAAGACCCACCCGAAGAGCGCUGCCGGUUCGAAAGGAGGCAAGUCCUCCGUACCGCAACUAGAGGUUUGCCAGGUUUGCAAGCAGGUUCUAGUGCGGGACGACCUGACUGAGCACUUCCAGUCGCACUACAUGGAGAACAACUUCCCGAAGUUGGGCGCCAAUGGUAACCCGCUGGACGAUGGUAAGGUGGCCUCGGCGGCGUGGCGAAAAUAACGAUAAGAAGAAAAAAAAAACGAUUUGUUGACAUUUUCAAUGGGGAAAAUACGUAUUCAAUGCGCUUGCGAGGAAAAUCCGUUUUUGAUGUGCUGCUUUUUUCGCGAAGAAAAAAAUUAUAAAGCAACUCAGUUUUCUUUUAAUCAAAGGGUUCAACUAAAAGUAAAUAACUUCGCUUUCUAGGAAGCAGUUACAAUCGAUUCAAUGCAAAGAAAAAACUAAACUUAUUUAGUAUAAACAUCGUAAUCAAAACAGUACUGAGUUUGUUAUUCAUUUUCGUUGGUUUUAAACAUUCAAAUUCACUAACGGCGUAACUAUCACAGAAUAACGCUUUCGAGAUAUAAACAAACGUAGCAAUGAAAAACUGGUAAAAUGUGUACAGUGAAGAAUGGCAAAUACAUAUUAUCUACCAAUUUUGAACUCCAAUCAAUAUAAAUUCAAUGUAUAUAUUUAAAUCAGUUGGUAGCCAGAUAGUGUGGUAUAAAGAGGUGACAAAAUGCUAUCGUUUAAAAAGAUAAACAGAAUAUGACUGUACAUGCUUCUCAUAAUAGAUUUUUUGACGGCAAA